AUGAGUCCGAGUCCGGGUCCGGGUCCGGGACCGGCGCCACUUCUGCCCAGCAUGACGACAAAGAGGCAGUCGAGCAGUCCGGGCAACUCGUCCACGCGCGACCGGAUUGUCAACCACAUCUUCCGCAACUACCUGAAACACGAGAGACCCACCGAGUUGGACAACACACCCACUGAAGUGGGCGUGAACAUGCGUGUGUUGGCCAUCUUCUCGAUAGACGUGCGCAACAUGGACUAUUACAUAGACGCCUAUCUACGUCAGAUUUGGUUCGACAAGCGUCUGGCCUGGGCCCAUAUCGACGAGUUCCGUCAGUACAAACAGCCCAUAGUUUCGUCGAAACUGAAAAAUGACAUUUGGCUGCCCGACCUCUUUUUCAGGAACGGCAAAGAGGGCUAUCUGCACACCAUGACGGUGCCCAACUAUCUGCUGCGAGUGAUGCCCGACGGCAAUGUGCUCUACAGCCAGAAGAUCACAAUGCGCUUCUCCUGUCAGAUGGAGCUGCAGAACUUCCCCAUGGACAUGCAAGUCUGCGGCCUCAACAUCGGCAGUUACGGCUACACUCUGAAUGAGCUCAAGUUUGUGUGGCACGAAGAGAAGGUGAAUCUGAGCGGUCGGAUGCGCAUCUCGGAGUUCAACACGCCCGAGACAUUCGACACAUUCGACUGCACGAACAGCUCGAAAACGUCGACCGGCAACUACACUUGCCUGAAUGCCACAUUCAAGCUGAAGCGCCAGCUCAGCUCGUACCUGGCGACCACCUACAUACCCAACAUUCUCAUCAUUAUGGUGUCGUGGCUCAGCUUCUGGGUGAACGUGGACGCGGCGCCGGCCCGAGUGCCGCUGGGUCUUCUCAGUCUUCUCGGCAUCUUGACCCAGGCCUCCAGCGUCUCCAAUAGCCUGCCUCGUGUCUCCUACAUCAAAGCGAUCGACAUUUGGAUGAUCUUCUCCAUCAUCUUCGUGAUCGGGGUGCUCGUCGAAUACGCUCUGGCGCUCACUAUGCUUCGACGCAAACGCGCCGACACUUGGCAUCGCGACGUGCGGGAGAUUGUUCGUCAAGAGUUGGCCAAAUGGUGCACCGCCUGUCAACAGCAACACUUGGUGCAAUUGCAGAACUCGCAUCAGCUGACACGUGGUCAGCUGGAGUUUUGUGAGGAGUUGGAGGCGCUGUUGACCAAUCAAGUGAUCGACCACCAGAAGGAGAAGAACAAGGCCGUAAAACCGACCACAACCACGGAGUCAGAGAUAGAUAGUUAUAGCCGGUUUCUUUUCCCCGCCUGUUUUCUUCUCUACAACUGCUUUUACUGGCUGUACUAUCUGGUUUUGGAGAAAAGCAGCGGCAAGGAUGGUGAUUAG